AAGCACUUUUCCCCUCAGGUGACGGCGCCUUUCCACUCGGGCUUGGUCUCUCGUCAUCCGGGGCCGCUGGUCCGCCCGCUUCCUGCGCGUGAGGAGUGACGGGCCCGAUUCGGCCGACGAGCCCGCCUGACGCGCCGCCAUCGUCAUGGUGCUGUCACAGAGACAAAGAGACGAACUAAACCGAGCCGUCGCCGACUAUCUGCGCUCCAGCGGAUGCGACGGCGCCUACCGCACCUUCAAGAAGGAGGCCGACUUGGACGUGAAUGAAGACGCGGACAAAAAGUACGCCGGGCUCCUGGAAAAGAAGUGGACGUCGGUCAUCCGGUUGCAGAAGAAGGUGAUGGAGUUGGAGUCCAAGCUGAACGAAGCCAAGGAGGAGCUGACGCGGCACGGCGGGCCCGCCGCACCCAAGAGGGACCCCAAAGAGUGGAUCCCCCGCCCCCCCGAGCGCUACGCCCUCAGCGGCCACCGCGCUCCCAUCACCCGGGUGGUCUUCCAUCCCGUCCUCUCCGUCAUGGUCACGUCCUCCGAGGACGCCACCAUCAAGGUGUGGGACUACGAGGCGGGGGACUUUGAGCGCACGCUGAAGGGCCACACGGACUCGGUGCAGGACGUCUCCUUCGACCAGACGGGCGAGCUGCUGGCUUCGUGUUCGGCCGACAUGAGCAUCAAACUUUGGGACUUCCGAGGCUUCGAGUGCAUCAGGACCAUGCACGGCCACGACCACAACGUCUCGUCCGUUGCCAUCAUGCCCAACGCCGACCACAUCGUGUCGGCGUCCAGAGACAAGACCAUCAAAAUGUGGGAGGUGGCCACCGGGUACUGCGUGAAGACCUUCACGGGCCACCGGGAGUGGGUGCGCAUGGUGCGGCCCAACCCGGACGGCUCGCUGAUCGCCAGCUGCUCCAACGACCAGACGGUGCGCGUGUGGGCCGUCCUGUCCAAAGAGUGCAAGGCGGAGCUGCGCGAGCACCAGCACGUGGUGGAGUGCGUCUCCUGGGCCCCCGACGGCGCGGGGGCCUCCAUCCUGGAGGCCACCGGCUCCGAGGGGAGGUGCGCCACGGCCGGCGGACCCUUCCUCCUCUCGGGAUCCAGAGACAAAACCAUCAAGAUGUGGGACGUCGGCAUCGGGAUCUGCGUCAUGACCUUGGUGGGCCACGAUAACUGGGUGCGCGGCGUGCUGCUCCACCCCGGCGGCGGCUUCAUCCUCAGCUGCGGCGACGACAAGACCUUGCGGGUUUGGGACUACAAGAACAAACGCUGCGCCAAGACGCUCGGCGCUCACGAGCACUUUGUCACCUCUCUGGAUUUCCACAAGAGCGCCCCCUACGUGGCCACGGCCAGCGUGGACCAGACGGUCAAAGUGUGGCAGUGUCGUUGAGGGCCCUCCCGCGGCCGACGACCCCCCCC